AUGACAAGGAAAAGCAAAGCUCCAAGUCUAGAAGAAACCAAGGCCCCUCAUGUUAUUGAAGAGACUGUCAAAGGAGAUAAUAUGGAGAACAAGGACAACAAGGACAGAGAUCCAGUCCCAGAACACAGACUUCUGGCAGUUGGACUUUUAGCUACUAAGACUCAGGACCUGAAGGAUUUCUCAUGUCCCCAGUUUAUGGCUCAGGAGUUGGCAGCACCCCUUUCACGUGGGCAGCCACCAGGGCAGAACAUUACAGAGACUACAACAGAUCCCUGGGAGGAGGGAGACCUGAGAUUUGAGCCUUCGAACUCCAUGGUGCACUCAUUCUCCAGCUCUGAAUCAAACCUGAGUCUCUCUGUGGGCUACUUCCCCUGUGAGGACAUCUCCUCCUGUGAGAACACCCUCUCCUGUGAAGAUUCAUCUGCUGAAGGUCCUUCAGUCCACUUUGUCCCUCCUAUCCAAGGGUCGUGGCGGACUGAAAACACAGGGAGGCUCCUAGCAAGACGAGACCAGACACAGGACGGCCCAGAACAGUUCUGCAAACUCAGCAUCACCCUGGCCUGGGAUGUUGACGUGGGCUCUAACAAUUCAGACUCGACUGCUAACUGUGACCUAAGUGGAGACAACAGAGACAAGCACCCCAAAGAGAAGACACAGAUUACUCUCAGCAAACUGGACGGUCUUGUGCAAAAGCUUGAGAAAUUUCUAGAGAACCAGAAAGAUGACAAAGAUGAUGACUCUGUGUUCCCUGAAUCUGCUCAGGAGGAAGACUCCCAGCCGCCUAGCAGCUCCCUUCCAGGUAUGGCUCAGGUUAGUCAUCAAGAACAUGGUAGCUGUCAAGAUUUGGCCAAAUUCAACCCACUAGAACAUGAAGAUGUCAUCCAGUUUCCACAGAUUCAUCCAAGGCGUCAGAACCAGGAGCUUGCUAAGAUAAUAAGCGAGGCAACUGGCAGCCAAGGGACAGAUAUUGCAGAGAUCUCCUCAGUCUCAUCAGGUCUACCAGAGAAGGAGGACACUCACUCCAGCACAGAAGCCCUCUUGUGUCUGAAUUUCGGGUGCGUCUUCCGCUGGCUAAGGCACCAAGUCCUCCCCUCACUUUUGGGAAGACAGGAUCCCAAGAAGGCCACUGAGCGCCCCCGUGAACUGGCACAAAAAAAAAGAUUCUCUCACAGAAGCAAGAGAAUCCAACCUCAAGAAUCCUUUGAAUUAGGACACCCCAUACCACCAGAUUUUUAAACUUUUUGAUAGUCCCUAUUCUACAAGCCCCACAAGUUGUUUUUCCCAAUAAACAAAAUAUAUAUUCUUUUAAAGAAUUUACUUAUUUAUUUAUUUAUUUUUGGCUGCCCUGAGUCUUCAUUGCUUUCCAAGGGCUUUGUAUAGUUGUGGUGACUGGGGGCCUCUCACUGCGGUGGCUCCUCUUGUCUCAGAGCAUGGCUCCAGGGCACACAGGCUUCAGGAACUGCUGCGUGCGGGCUCAGUAGUUGUGAUUCUUGGACUCUAAGGGCACAGUCUCAAUAGCUGUGGCACACAGGCUUAGCUGCCCAGCAGCAUGUGGGAUCUUCCCAGGCCAGGGAUUGAACCAAUGUCCCUUGUAUUGCAAGGUGGAUUCUCAACCACUAGGCUACCAGGGAAGCCCUCCAGCUGACUUAUUAUUUAAGAGAUAAAGUCAUGUAAACACAUGACUAUAAAGGGUUAUGGCAAGUAAGAGUAUGCACAUGGUCCAUACUGAAUACAAAAUAACCAAUUCAACACAGGUAGGUUGAUUUUAAAAGGUUGCAUAUAUGAGGUUCUUUGAGUCACAAAUACGGUUAGUCUAAAAUGGAGGAUUUUACAAAUUGGCACAGAGUUAAAGUGUGCAAUCCUGGCAGGUUAUACAUGACAGACACUGGCAAGGAUGUUGUCCCAGGGAAGAGUACUAUGGGAAUGAAGAAAUCAAAGAAUAGUGCGUUUUUAGCAAUCUACGCCCAUGGUUACACCCUGAGUCUCUGCACAGCCGACUCCUCACUUUAUCUACCUCUGAGAAAAUUUCCCACUCAACUAGCUCACCUGAAUGCCCUCCUUCACCUUCAGCUGCUCCCUGACUUUACCAAGACUUUGAGUUCAUUACCCCAUGAAUUUCAUUCACUUCCUUCCAGGAGCAGACUUUUCCCCUCCUUCCCAAGCCACGGCACAUCCACCACAUCCACGGGCACUGACAACGACCGCCCUUUUCUUUUCCCAGAUCUUUUAAUCUAUACUCUCCAAAUUCCCCACAACAGUCUUCCUUCUCUCACAAGAGCCAACACACAAACACAGAAAUUACCUUCUCCACUUUCUGGAGAAUUCCCGCAAUGCCUUCUCAAGUCCCCCGUGGCCUGAGGCACUCAUCCUUAAAGACACUGCUCCAGGGUUGCUAAGAGGCCAAAAGUGAUUCUUCCAGUUGACAUGGUCAACUUUACUUAAGCUGUCCCCCAGUCCCCACCUUCACACCAUGGCUGGUAUGUUUCAGCUCUCUGGAUAUGACUGUUUUACCUACAGACUCUGACCUCUUAAAGACAAGUACCACGUUUUGGUUUUUACUGCAAGAUCUUAACAGAGUCGGCUAUAGAGUGAUCUAUCUCUAUAUAAUCAUUUUAAGGUCUGAAUAUAUUCUAUUUCUCUUUUUUCUCCUACAUAAUUUUUUUUAAAAAUGAAAUACAAUAGCUUAGACUUGCUAUUCCUUAAGUCAAAAAAGUUACUGGUCAGCAGGUUUAAGAGUAGGAAAAGAGGGUUGGGGGAGAUAGGAAGAAGAGAAAAUGGCAAUCUGCAGAAGGUCAGGGGAGGUGGUGACCUACAGACUGGAAAAACUAAGGCCAGAGGAAUUUAACAACUAUUAUUAAUUUGAAAAUUUAAUUCAACAAAUAUACAUGGAGCCUUACUGUUGCUUUAGAUGAGACACUAGAAUACACUUAAAAGAAAGAUGACAACUCCUACCCUCGUGGAACUUGUAACCAGUGUUAUUGUCUGCUUAAUUCUUUAUUAAAUAAGUCAACCUCUAAGAAAAAGUCACCCCAAGUGAACUACUAUAAGAUUGCCCACAUUAAUCAGAAGCCCUGUUCAUUUGUAAGAUUUCCAACAUAUUAGUGUUUAUUUUUCAGUGUUGUAUAAACCUGUUUGACAAGUAUGAACCCACCUCUAUGACUCAAUGUACUUUACAAGCCUUUAUAAUAAAUAUUCUUUAUAAAAAAUUGUAAUUUCAAAUACUCUUUGAGAUUGUUCUGCUACAUCUUAGAAAGUGAUUCAAAGUGUUUAAAAACAGGAAAUAUUUCAGUACAUCCUCAUUUAUUAUAGUGUCAAAUAUGCUACGAAGCUCUCAGUUGCAUGCCAAACUAGGACCAGGUUCUCUGCUCUGUGUUGUAUCCAAGGGACUGGGGCUGGAGGAGACUACCACAAGGCCAGAGAACUGAGAGCAAAUUUGGCAUGGUCAUGGAGAGACUCUUAUGGUCAUGGAGAGACUUUUAUGGUCAUGGAGAGACUCCAGCUCUGCAGAAACCUCAAGACUCUAGGAGAAUGGCUUCACUUGCCAGGCAAUGUGCUAAUCUAAUUUCUUCAAGUGAACUGCUCAGUCUUGUGAUAAAGUUCAGAUGCUUGAAUUAGCAAGCUUUUGCCUUAUUCAUAUUCUAGACUCUGUAACAACACAGUAAUACAAUCCAGCAUGCAGGGUGAGAAAUUAUCAAACAAAUGUAAGGAGUAUUCAGCUGUCUCCAAAUAUAGAAUUAGGGUAAGUUAAAGUAAAUUUCACAGACCACCUCAUGCCACACCAAUUUCUCACUCAGCAAGAUCUCAACAAGAGAAAAAAGUAUGUGAUCAUACCAUACCAGCAGAAUAGAGGCAAAUCACUUUUCCAAACUUCAAGAACAUAACAUGAAAAUGCUCAAAAGGAGCAAGGGGUCCAAGGUCUACCUGAUCACAAAAAUAAUGUCCAAAAUCCUCUUACAAAACAAUGAAAAGAAAAACAAAUUAAAUUAUAAAUGAAUUCAUAGAGUUCUGGUAAUGACCCCAGUAUUCAAGAAUAGUUUUGUCUAGGCAGGAGGGAUAGUUAACGAGCUUCAAAAACAGGUCUUUUCAUCAUGAACUGCAAGCAAGAGAACUGAUACUGCAUUCAGGGUACUCGCUAAUCUCAAGAUGGAUGGGCAGGUUUUCAAUUGCAAUGUCCAGAGUCAAUCUUUUCCUGCCUCCUCUUACUACCUCAACAAAGAGAACAACACUUUGCUUUCAAAAGUGAAAUGAGAUCCUCAUCAGAUAACACCAAGUCACUGAGUGAGCUGGUCAUGAGCAGGGUAGGUAUAAAAGCUUUAGGAUAAUUCUUGAAAGAAUUCCAAGCCUAGAUCAAGGGAUCUCCCCUCCUAAACUAUUUCUGUUUACUAUCUACCUUUCACAGGAAUUUCAUGGUUGAGAUGCCCAUUUGAUUUCAACUAACAUGCCUUUACAAGAGAAGGCUAUGGCACCCCACUCCAGUACUCUUGCAUAGAAAAUCCCAUGGAUGGAGGAGCCUGGUGGGCUGCAGUCCACGGGGUCACUAAGAGUCGGACACGACUGAGCGACUUCACUUUCACUUUUCACUUUCAUGCAUUGGAGAAGGAAAUGGCAACCCACUCCAGUGUUCUUGCCUAGAGAAUCCCAGGGACGGGGACGGGGGAGCCUGGUGGGCUGCCGUCUAUGGGGUCGCACAGAGUCGGACACCACUGAAGCAACUUAGCAGCAGCAGCAGCAGCAACAUGCCUUUAAAGAACUAUUUAUAAAGAACAUUUUCAGACAGGAGGGCAGACAUGAAAUAUCUUUUCAGAUGUGGCUGUUGAAUGAAAAUUCAUCUCAUUAUUAACUGAAUGCUCUCAGUCUAGAAGGAAAUCAGA